CCUCCUCACUUUUCCCUCGGUACUUUUUUUCCCCUUCUUUCGCCUUUUCCUUCGUCUUCUCCCUAAUUGCACUGCAUCCUCCCAGCACAUUUCCUUCUUAAACUUGCAACAACCUUUGCUUGCAGCAUUCCAGUUUCAUCGCUCAUCCAGUACCGUCCUUCCAUCCGUUACUCUUUUGCUGUCGUCCGCUCAUCCGCCUUGCGCAAUCACCCGCAUGGCUCCGCCGAGCGAAAAGUCCGACGCGUCGGGCCAAGACCCGGGACAGCCCAGCCGGCCGAAACCCGCCGCGUUCGACAAGCUAAACCGGAAGCUCCGUCGGAAUCUCAGCGAGAAGGCAUCCCAGAGCAGCGGCCGGUCCAGCCUGUCCUCUGCCGCGUCUGACGUAUCAAGGAACAAGCGCGAGACUCCCUCGGCCACCGCCACCGCCACCGGAUCAUCAGCGCCGCCGACGCACAGACAAACACAUGCAGCGGGAGGGGGACCUGCGAGUACAAAUCUCAAUCCCAUUGGACACAAACCGCAGCAAGACAAGAGAAAAGGGGAAGAGGUCAAGGACCCACCAUACACGAUACAUGUUCCGGGUCCUGAGACUCAGUCCGAGUCCCCCGCGGGGAAGGCCAGACGGGAUGAAGGGGAGAAGCACCCUGUCCACGCCCCGGGCAGCUGGCCCGAUCCUGAAGACUCGGACAUUGAGACUCUGGCUUCUGCCGGCCGAGGUCUCGAGGAGACGAGAGGGAAGCUCCCAGCCAUCGAUGACACUCCCAUGUCCCGCAGUUAUCUGCCCCAGCCGCACUCCGACGCGCAAUCUCUUGUCCGCAAUCCAUCCGCGCUAUCGAUGCCACCGGCGUUUGCGUCGGCCAACCUCGUACCUGUGCCAGUCCCAGUCCCGACAGGCAGCACCAGCACCAGCACAACCAUGCAGAGCGACACCAGCACGCACUACACGAACCAUUACGAGACGCACACCCACAACUACGGAGUCCUUCCCCCUACUGGGAACGACACUGCGGCUGGUCCCGUCAUUCCGGGCCAUCACCACCACCAGCACCGCACUCCCACUCAAUCCCGGGAGCCAAAACGAAAGACCCGGAAGGGCGUCGCCAGCGCAGGCAUCCUCUCCCUCCUGUCUUGCAGCUGCAGCCAGGUCCUAAUGGGGUGCUGCGUCAUCCUCCUCGCGGCGGUGCUACUCCUCCUCUUCCUCGGCGCAAUGAGCGCUCUCUCGACCAUCAACUCCGCCUCCAACAUGGUCUCGUCUUGGUCUUCAUGGGUAGUCUCCAUCCCAGGCCAAGCCCUUGGGUUACUCUCCAUCCCAGCAUCUCUCUUCGCCAGCUCAUCUUCCCAAUCCUCCUCCCCAACCUUCCCACCCCCGCUAUCCCCAUCCUCCACCUCCAACCCCCCAACAACAACACUAACCCCAACCCCCCUCCUCCCCUCCUCCCCCCUAGCCCCAGCCCUCUCCUCAGCAGCAGCCCACCUAACCGCCCUCUCAUCAACCUACGGCCCCCACCUACACACCCACCACCACCCCGUCGCGUCCGCACUAUCGUCCAAGGCCGACAUCGACGCCCUGGCCAGUCGACACGCGCGUCUAGCCGCUGACGCACCGGCGAUGCACCGCGCUUUGGAGGGCGUGUUAAACCGCGACGCGGGGAGGGUGGGGGGUCUCGUCGGACGGGUUCGGCGGUGGGGGGAGGGGAGGGGGGGCCGGUUUGAGGGGGUUGUUGCGGGGCUGGAAGAGAGGAGUAGGCGGGGGUGGUGGAUUGAUCCGCGGUGGUGGUUUACCAGUUCCCACCAGCGGCAGCCAUGGACCGCCUUCCUCGUCUCCGAACUGCACGUCUCCCGCUCCCAUUUUGUCGAGCUCCACGAUGCUGUCUCUGACGGUAUUGACGCGCGGCGGAAUAGGCUUGUCGCUGGGCUGCGCGUGUAUACGCCUGAUGAGCUUGUGCAGCCGAUAUGUGGUGUUGCCGAGGUGCUGGCGGGGAGUCGGGAUGCGGUUGAGAGGGCGAGGAUGGAUGCGCUUGUUGCGGAGAGGAGGUAUGAGGAGAAGGCGGAGAGGCAGAGGCGGGAGGAGGAGGAGAGGGCGGAGAGAGGGGGUGGGAUUGGGGAGAGGGUGAUGCGGUUGUUUGGAUAUGGUGGUGACGUACCGGUGCCGGCAUCCACGGAAGCAGAUGAAGCUGCGGAGAAGCGCGAACGCAAGGAUAGACGGGAUCGGCGCGCGAAGGUGAAUGAGCUUGGAAACCUCGUCUGGGAGUUUGCCCUUGCCCUUGUGGUGGGGAGUCUUGAUAAGGAAGUGACGCAGCUGGGGGAGGUGAUGCAGUCUGUCGAGGAUCUGAUUGCGGAGGUGGAGGCGAAGAUUAGGGAGUUUGAUCAGACGUCUGUUGACGCUGCUUCGUCGCCGGGGGGGUCGGGUUUGAAGGAGAGGAUUCUGACGAAGGCUGAGGUUGAAACCAAGAUGGCGCAGGUGCAGUCUCUCUUGGAUGGGUGGGAUGCUGUCGUGAUUAAGAAGAGUGAGGCUUGGGUUGCGUUGAUGGCCAAGUUGUAUACCGAUGAGGAGGCCAAGUGAGGGAGGGUUAUUGUGUCUGUAAAUGUUCCACGAUCGUCUGCUCGUAUUCUCCAUCGCUCUCCUGCGAGAGACCUGAUUAAGCUCAAAGGUCUCCGCAUAUUUCCUCCGUUUCUUAGUUGGUUAGCAUAUCUGUCUGGCCUAGGGUGUGGACCAAUGGAAACAACACGGAGGGGCUUGUCCUUGACCAUUGUGGUGUAUCGGAC